AUGUUGGGCGCGCUGCUGCUGGUCGUACCAGAAGCAGACCGAACCCAAUUCUUGCAGCUCUGGACCCACCACACUCAACUGCUCAAGCAAGACAAAUUCAUCUUCUUCCUCACGGAAGGUAUAGUCGCGGCGAUGGAGGGCUCGGGCAAGAGUUUGCAAGCCACCGCUGACAAGUUAAGGUGAGUCUUUUGGCUCUGAACUUCAUAACAGUUGCUAACAAUAUCGCAAGCAUACUUCUACAUGAAGAGAUCUAUGUUAACUAUGACACUGAUGCAAAGCAUUACCGUUUGGGUCCGAUCAAAGAUCAAUACGACUUUGCAACCACAUCAGGAAGCCUUAUGGUGUACUACAAGGAGAAAUGCCCGCUUCAAGCCGCAAUGCCCAUCACCACUAUGCUCAUCAUCAACCCGACAUCUGUCUAA